UUUGUUUUUUCGUCUAUUUUUUUUGUGUUUUUCUUACCAGUGUUAAAACACAAGUGCUAUUUUCUGCGUAAAAAAUAUUUGCCGCAUUAUAAUAAAUCUUAUGAUUUUAGUUUGGUUUUAUAAAACUUGACUUGGAACUACUUCUUAUGUUCGGUCAAUUACAAAAAAUUCAAUGACAACGAUGUUGCGACUAGAAUUAAGUCUCGUAUUGCUAUCUUGUACUCAAAUUCUCAUGGACCACCAUGAUUUUCAUGGACAUCGUAGUCAGUACAAUUAUAGAAAUUCUGGAGGUAAUUUUUAUGGCACGAGAACGCGAGAAAUUCAAAUCAAGUAUGGGCGCUUGAGAGGUACAAUUGUACAGCCAAGGACAGCACAUCUACAACUGAUCGACGUUUUUCUUGGAGUUCCAUACGCUGAGCCCCCUAUAGGCCAUCAUCGAUUCGAGCCACCAACGACCCAAACUCCCUGGACAGGUGUCCGGCAUUUUGAUAGCUUUGCGCCAGUUUGCCCCCAGGUACUGCCAAAUACUGAGGAGGAGAUCGAUACGACGCGUCAUCGAUAUCUUAAGAGAUUGUUACCAUUCUUACAAAAUCAAAGCGAAGAUUGCUUAUAUUUGAACAUCUAUGCACCUCAUCAAAAUAACAGCCAAAGAAAUAAGCCAGAAAGAUUUCCUGUUAUAGUGUUCAUUCACGGCGAGAGUUACGAAUGGAACAGCGGUAAUCCAUACGAUGGUAGCGUUUUAGCAGCUUAUGGAAACAUUGUUUUCGUUACUGUCAACUUUCGACUGGGUAUUUUAGGUUUCCUUCGGCCUGGAACCAAGGAUAAUACUGCUUGUAAUUUUGGUCUACUUGAUCAGAUAGCGGCCUUGGCCUGGCUCAAGGAUAAUAUUGGACAGUUCGGUGGUGAUCCUGAUAGAAUAACAUUACUUGGUCAUGGUACUGGUGCCGUUUUCGUUAAUUUACUUCUGCUUAGUCCCAUUGACGGUUUGUUUAAAAGAGCCAUUCUCAUGUCUGGCUCUGCUCUUAAUCCUGAUGCAAUUGGUAAAGCUCCGUUACAAAUCACGAAACAGGUCGCAUAUGCCUUAAACUGUCCACAAGUCAAUGAUGAAGAAUUAGCAGCGUGUCUUAAGAAUCGCUCGGUGCACGAUCUUUUAAAUGUUAAGAUUCAUAAACCAAAGUAUGUACCUGCAUUCGCUCCUUUAAUUGAUUCAGCUGUGAUACCUGAUAAGCCUUUAAACUUGAUGAAGAAUGCCGAACGUUUAGCCAAAUUCGAUCUUAUGUAUGGUGUAACUGAAUUGGAAAAAUUCCACAUUCUUCCGGGAGUAGCACUGCUUGAGGGACUAAGCGAUUUGAAAAGGAAUGAACUUAUCCGUGACAGUGUUAAAGCCACUCAUGAGUUAGAACCUGAAUUAAUUUUAAGACGCGUUCUUGAGCACUACGAGGAGAAACGAUUUUACACGGAUCAUCAAUCACAAAUAGAUGAUAAAAAUGAAUGGAAUCGCGAUCUUACUCUCGAUGUCAUUUCGGAUAGCGGAGUUGUGGCACCGAUCAUAUCUAUGGCAAAUCUCCAUUCUCGUGUCAAUCCUAAGAGCUACAUGUACGUCUAUUCCCAUCGCAGGUCCAUAAGAGAUAGCGAUGACAUAAGUGAGUUGAAUAUCCAGCUCACAGUACAUGGGGAAGAAUUGCCUUAUGUACUUGGCAUACCUCAAGAUGCCGAAGGAUAUCAUCUUAAUGCUCCUUACGAUAACGGAGAGGCAAUUUUAUCGAAGGCCAUGAUGGAUUGGUGGUGCAAUUUUGCCUACUAUGGGAAUCCAAACAAUAUUAGACCCCUUCCACGCCGAUUAUCAUAUUUGAGGGAGGAGUAUAAUAAGAUCGGUUCAUCAUAUCAGAUUGACUGGCCAGCGUAUGAUCCUGAGAACCAGGCAUACUUCAAUCUUACUACGCCACCGCAAAUCGGACAUCAUUAUCGGAUCUCCGAAAUGCAAUUUUGGAACGAAGCAAUUCCACACUUGCUGAGGCGACCUAAGGCCGAGUUGUCAAUGUUUCAUGACAGGACAACAAGACGUCCGCGCCCGGAACUUCUUGAUAUUCUUGACCGUCAAAAUGUAAAUGAAAGUAUAGCCAUGUCAGCUAAUGUCCUUAAUUCGCACCAGAAUUCAACAAACAGUGAAUUUGAGCCCCCAUCGAACCUUGACCAUGGCAAAGUUAACAAGAGCAAUGAGUCCAAGCAGAAGGAGAGUAACGACGAUGGCUCAUCAAGAAAUAGCUCAGCUGUUUCAUUAGUUAUCGUUUUCGGCGUAGUUUUUCUUCUACUUAACGCAAUGGCACUAGUAUAUCUUUAUCAUAAACGCCAGCGAAUGCGUGACAAAGCUACGAAUUCCUUGGCUCAAAUGGUAAAUCAGAAUGCAGGAAACAGCCAAAAUGACAGAAAUUCGAGCAGCCUGUUACAAAGUCCUACCAAUGUAACGAUGAAAAGAUCAAAAGGUAGUAAAACAGGACAGCAACGAGAAUUGGGAUAUUGCAGUAGUGCCAGUAAGCCAGAUAUACAUGAACUUAUUAAAAAUGAUAAGGCAUAUGAUAAUAACUCCAAUUUUGGACGAAGAUCAAGAGAGGAUUCAUCAUCUACAAUCGAUACUAAGAUCAAGGUUAGAGAAUGGAUUCAGCAAGAAAUUGUUCACAGAUGCUCACCCCGGUUUUUACGUAAGACUCGCGAAACCCUCCAACGCGAGCACCGAGAAAGGAUAAACCAGCAACAAUUUGACUCGAAGCAUGAGCCAGAUAACGAGCACAAGGAUAUACAUAAGGAUGAAGACACACUAUACAAGGACGACCAACAAAUCAGCGUGCGAUCGGGUUACAAUACCCGUAAAGUCGAUGAGAAACUGUCGAAAGUGUCAGUGGCCGUGGACGCGACACCCGCCGCUCGCACCGAUUCCAUUCUCAAUCAAAUACCCAUUGAGCUGACGCGCACUGGCACCUCUAGCGAAUACCUGGACUUGUUCGAUGACAACGGGAUGAUAAUUGGAGCAUCCGAGUACUGUGAGCCCACCGACUUUCAGUCGUCCCAAGUUAAUGAAGCUCACACGGAUGAAGAAAAAAAUGCAGCAAAUAUCGUUAUGAUCGAGCAUCACCAUUCUAAGAGCGAUCCUUUACCAUUGGAUAAGAUUCCGAGUUAUAACUCCGAGAAAGUCAUUUUGUCUACGGCGCAAAUAAAUGAAUCGGAUUCCGGUAGCGCUAGUAGUCUUUAUGCCAAAAUCAAUCCAAGGAUGAAAUGUCGCUUACCUGUUCAUCAAUACAUUCUGCAAAAACAAUUACAACAACAAGAAUCUAUGGAGCUGGCGAUAAAAAACCAAUCAACUAUAAGCCCAAAUGCAUCGACAACUCUACCUCGAUUGCUCACAUUCGGCGCACCACUUCCCGAGCUUCCAUCCAAUCCUGAGGAUGUCAAUGUAACCUGCAGGGAAGUACACAACGAAAUAUCUACUACAGGCUCGCCGGCGUUAAACAUUAAUAGCCAUGAAGAGGCUUUAAGAACAAUAAGGCGCCGUAAUUAUCCAAAGGUGCUACCAGAUAUCGAGAAACGUAGGUCUUUGCCACCAAAUGCAUCAUUCGUCGAAGGUCCACCAAGAUAUCACAAUCAUUUUUAUAAAUACCGACACGGAGGCGCGCCGCCAUCCCCACCACCUCGUACCUAUAGCACAUCAAGGAGUCUUGACUGCGUCGAAGACAAUAACGAGGAAGAGCUAGAUGAAGUCAAUAAAGUAACAGCAUCGCCGGUCACGACGAUUUUGCACGUCGGGCCAUUAAGGAAAAAAACCGAUUAUCUUAAAAAUAAGUCGGUACCGAGUUUGGCAGAUAAUUUUGAGAAUCCACAUUUAUCCAGUUCCGCGAGUCUUCCAAUAUGUCCGAUUCACGGGACCUCGAGGGAUCCAAUCGUUCCCGGAGCAAAGAGCGAACCGCGUAUAGUUAUUACGCCUAGGAUAGAUAUUAAUCAACAAUUAUCGUUUCGAGAAGAAGAGCUGGUGGCUAUGGGCGUGGAUCAGCCAGAUUGUCCACGAAGGAUCAUACCAGAGCGAUCGGCAAAGCAACCUCGAAUAAUUAUAAAGCCAACGGGUACUCUGCCACGUUCACAAGCCAACGCGCGUACGAAUAAACCCAUAGUAUCGGGCAUCAUGCCCGCAAAUCUCCACGAGAAUGAAACGUACCAACGUUUAUUAGCUCGUAGGGAGAAAAUGCCUUUACCUGGCGAACUUGGCUGCACGAGAAUCCCAUCGUGUAACCGACGCAGAGAAGCGCCUCCGACGGAACAAGUAGAGAGGAUCGAAUUUAUUCAAAGUGUCAAUGACGCGACAGCGACAAAGCUGUAAGUCUCACGAAGUCUACAAUUAUUUAAAAUCAAGACUUUAAAAACUUGCACUUGCUUAAUAAU